AUGCAAGUCUGUGAACUCGUCGCGCUCUUGGCACGAUGGGUGGCCCAUGCUUCGCGGAUGGGCUAUCCAGUGAGUUGUUAUCAAUUGAGUGGCAUGCAUCCAGUCACUCACGUGAAGGUCGUGCGCAGCUCCAACAAGUUCAAGGCCUACAAGAAGCUCGAGCCCAGCUUGUCCCGGCGGGCAUCUGGCACCGGGUCCGACUACUUGAUUGCUGUCGAGAUUCCAGACGAUAUUCAUAUUCAUGUGUCUACACUGUCCUGUCAGACCGUCACACCGACCGUCGUUGGACAUCAUUGGGUUGACCAAGGCCUAUCGAGGCUCGAGUCACCCACGCUGACAACUUGA